UGGACAUAAACAACAGUGUUGCGAAACUUCCCUUUGCUAGAGAUUAUAAUUUAGGGACAAAACGGGGGAGUUUGCAAUAGGAUAGCGACUGUAACUGUAACGCUCCUGAAGCGGGACGCCCCUACCGCCUCUACAUUCACCGCUGUAACGUUACGCGAGGGAGAAAUUUUCUUUGGUUUCUUUUUAUUAACAUUAAUCGAGUUGUGAAGAAAUUGCUCACUGACGUCUACUACGGCGGCUUUUGUUGCAUGUUAACUGCAAGCCGUUCCUAGCGAAUGCAUAGCUUAUGAAUAUUCAUAGUCGAGCCCUGACCGUACUAGCUCGGGAAAUUUGGGCUCUCGUGUGAGUGUGGUGAAGAUGGCGGAGGAGGAGGAUAGCGGGGCUGAGGCUGUGGCCCUCAGACACAGAUUUCAGGAUCUCAUAUCUGAAUUUAAAAGGAGUUCCCAGUCGCCGCUUGACGCAUCCAAUAGUUUUUGUCAGGAUUUCUGCAAAGUUUUGAUGAAUCAAGUACAUCAGAGGAAACAGGAUGAAGAUUCGCUGUCUUUGUUAAAGAUGUACACAGUAUCUAUAGAAUGUUUUGCUGAGGCCAGCCCAUUCCUCUGUCCCGAAUGCGAACAUUUCACAGAUGUGCUGGACAAGUUAUCAUGGAGUUGUCUGAAUCUUCUUUUGUCAUUCACUGAACAUAUCCCAGGUGCCUUAUGGGAAGAGCUUCAAACUUCUGUCACGGUGGCUCAUGGCAUCCUUCAGGGACAUGGGAACUCACAGCUUCAUACCCUGUUGACUCUUGUGGAGGAGAGUGGCGUGUGGACCAACAUCACGCUAUGCAGCCUUCUGUCAAAUAACAUGCCUGAUGUAGAGAAAGUUCAUGAGAUUUUAACACGAGAAGGACCUGAACUUCUUCAUAUGCGUAUAAAGCACCUCAUCAAACAGAAGCUCGUGGACAAAGCUGCAAGGCUUGCAAAGACAUGUGCAGAGUUUCCUGAAUUUGGAGGAAAAAAGAAUUUCAAACAAAUCUACCUCGUAUGUCUGUGUGAAAUAUAUUCACAGCAAGAACUUAUGCAAGAGAUAAAGGAUGUAGACUGCAAAGAUGCUUUGGACAUGAUUUGCAAUUUGGAGUCUGAAGAAGAUGAGAAAGGAGCUCUCGGUCUUUGUACAGCAUUUUUUAAGCGUCAGCUUCUCAGUGGAGAUGUGUAUUGUGCCUGGGAGUUGACGUUGUUUUGGAGCAAGCUUCUUAUACGACUUGAAUCAAAACAAGCGUUCUUGGAGCAAUGCAGACUACUAGCACAACUGUCUGGGAGUGUGUACCAUAUUCUGCUCCUUAUUAAAGUUGUGCAGGCUGAGGCUGACAAAGAAGGACUCUCAGUGUGUAUUGAAAUGUGCAUUCAAGCACUAAAAAUGGGAGUUCAUGACAAUGAGGACUGCAAUGUUACAAUCUGCAAAACAAUAUCUUGUUUACUGCCUUUAGACAUAGAAGUCAAACGCGCCUGUCAACUCACUGAGUUCCUGAUCAAGCCUUCUGUGGACUCUUUUUAUUCGGUUGAGACAGUCUUUAAUGAACCGGACCAAAAGCUUGAAGAGGAAGAUCCAUCAAUUAUAAACUCACUACGAUGUGACCUGUUGUUGGCCUUAAAGACAAAGUGGCCUUUUGAUCCGGAGUUCUGGGACUGGAAAACUCUAAAGCGCCAUUGCAUUUCUUUGAUGGAUCAGGAGGCUGCAGCUGUAUUGUCUGCUGACAAACUUUCUGAUAGUGAAGACAAUGACGCCCAAGAUCCGAAUGAGAAAUAUUUUAAGGAUUUGACACAAAGCCUAACUCAUGAGCCUAGUGAAGUAGAAACAGAAAGAAAGAAAAAACGGGAAAUGAAGAAGUUGAAAGAGAAGGGAUUUGUGUCAGCUCGAUUCCGCAACUGGCAAGCCUAUAUGCAGUAUUGUGUUUUGUGUGAUAAAGAGUUUCUUGGACACAGGAUUGUAAAACAUGCAUUGAAGCAUGUCCAAGAUGGGAUUUUCCGUUGCCCCAUAUGUGCUGAAACAUUUCAAACUAGGGAAGUUCUAGAGCCUCAUGUAGCAUUGCAUGUUAGACAGUCAUGCAAGGAACGUCUUGCUGCUAUGAAUGCAACCAAGAAAUGUCCCAGUUUAGACACCAAGGUUGGACCAGUGAGCAGUACCUUGAAUCAACAAAAGGACCUCAGCAAGACUGCUGUGCAAGUUAGCAAAGAAACACCACUUUGCAGUAACAAUUUAUAUGCUUCAAACAGCAUUCCCAGUCUAAACGGUAACGCUAACAUUAGGUUAUUAUCUCCAAGACAAUGCAGCCCUAUUGGUGAUGUUAACAACACUAAUGAUUUUUCAUGCCCUGUUGCAAGCUGUCAAAAAGGUUUUAAGUACUUCAAGUAUUUGGUAGCACAUGUUAAGGGCCACAAAAAUGAGCAGGAAGCAAUAUGUUUCCUAGAAACGAAGAGCCAGAAAGCUAUGUGCCAAUAUUGUCACCGUCAGUUUGUCAAUUUGACUCACCUUAAUGAUCACUUACAAAUGCAUUGUGGAGAGAAGCCUUAUUAUUGCAUUCAGUUGGGAUGUAACUGCAGCUUUUCCUCUCAUGAUGAGCUCGUCAUUCACAGAAAAGUGCAUGCAGAAUUUCAGGCCCAAUGUACCUAUCCAAAUUGUGAGAGAAUAUUCAAUGAGACGUACUUGUUGUAUGAUCAUGAAGCACAGCACUACACGACUUUCUCUUGCAGAAGACAUAACUGUGGCAUGGUGUUUCACACUCUGUCUGAACUAGAUAUGCAUCAGCAAGAACAUGCAAUGCAGUUAGAUGUGCAUCAGCAAGAACAUGCAAAGCAGGACCACUUGUCUAUUGAUGAGGGCCUACAUUCUCAAAAGAAAUCUCCAUCUCCAUGUAACAUUCAAGAGGUUUCACAAGAGCCCAGCCUGGUUAAAAUUGAAUUCUCAGUUAGCAGAACUUUAAACACAACUCAGGAUUCUACAGGACAUACUGAGCAUCUUGUAACUUGUCCAGCCCUGUCAGAAAGUGAAACUGCUUCCCAGACAUCUGCCAUUCAGCCUGAUGGUUCUGAUGCAUGUAGAAGUUUGCAGUCUGUUAUUGAGAGUACAGAUCAGUUGCGACUUGAAUCUUGCUACGUAAAACUGGAGCCUAUUACUAUCAAGGAUGAUCCUAUACUUGGAAAUGCUCUAAAGAAUUCUGACAGUUUAACUCAAGCACUCUUAAAAGAUAAGAAGUUGUUUUGUUGUCCAUCAAGUCAGCUUAAACAUUCCGCUGUGAAAGAAGCCAAAACAGAGAAAAGUCUUUCUCAUAUCUGUCCAUUUGAAACUUGCACACGUAGAUACAGCACUUCAAAAAGUUUAUCAAGACAUGUAAAAAAGGUUCAUCCAGAGGCAUUUGAGGAGUGGAAGCUGUCAAAUAAGUACAAGAGGAUUGCUGAUCAUGCUGCAAGAAAAGCAUUGUCUGAGCACACGACCACUUGUUCCCAAACAAUGAAGAAAUGGAAAAGCCAUUCCAGACAAAUUUGUCAACAUGGUGAAGGAAUUAAACAGACAUGUUUGGACUCAACGCAUCCAGAUUCUACCGGUAUUCUCUCUUGUCAUGAAAGUAUGCCACAUGUAAAUUUAAAGUUGUCCUCUCAGCUGGAAGGCACUCAUGAUAGUGCAUCACCAAAUCCGUCAGAACUGACUCAGUUACCACUAUUGGAGACAUGGGCAACACCUACGACAGAUAACUUGGAUUCAGGUUUUUAUGUAGAGAAUAAUUACUCUCCUAUGACUUCAUCUGAUAAUCAACAAACCAACCCAUUAUACCAUUCUGAGGCCAUUUUAGAUUAUGCUUCUCCCUCUGUUUAUGAUGGCAUAAUCCCCCUUUCUUUGAAUGUCCACACACCCUCAAGUGUCAUGAACGAAGCCUCAAAAUAUGUGUCAAGCUCUCUUAGAGUACUUCAUGCCCUUAAUGGUGAUCAGACUUUUGACUUGUCACAGGUUGAGUCAGCAAGUCUUGAUGUCGGGUACAGUCAGAAUGGACAAAACCAUCCCAGUGGGAUUUCUGUCAAUGCCAGUUUGUUGCAAACUGCAUCUUUGCCUGAGCAGAAUGUCAGUCCAAAUUUUUUAUCUUUUUCUUCGUCUGCAUCCGUUUCAGAGCAGUCACUGGGCGAAAUCUGCACUGAUGGAUUAUCAGACAUCAAAUGUUUAUCAAACCUUGCCCCUAAUUUUAAGGAACAAUCUGAAAAUGUAUCCUUGUCAGUUGACAGUGCUGUGUCUGAAGUUGAUAAGCAACAUCCAGAGGAUUUUUGUAAUCCUGAAUUGUCACAAAAAGGAACAGAGGGACCACAGUCAGAUGAACAGAUUGAUCUACGUUCUGUUGAAGCCAAACAAGCCAAGAAAAUCAAGUCUUCUAAAAGAACAAAAUGGCCUGCAAUAAUACAGGAUGGGAAAGUCAUUUGCUGCAGGUGCUACAGAGAGUUCUCAAGUACAAAGUCACUUGGAGGUCAUUUAUCAAAACGGUCCCAGUGCAAACCUGUAGAUGAAAUUGAUCUAACUGCUGAUCUACCAACGUCAUUUCUUGAUUUUCUCAAUGAUCCUGAUAUUUCAACAGUACAGAUGGCACUUUCUACAAAUUCCACACAUGAUCAAAACCUGGAAUCUUUCGUCUAUCCACCGGUAGAAUCGGAUGACUUUAUUGAUAACAGUUCAACAAGCAUGGAGGGUGCAAAUUACAACAUUCAGAACAGCAAUGCACCCUCUCAAGAACCCUCUGAAGUGAGUGGAAAUUCCACCUUCUGCCUCCAAACCAUGCAAGAAACAGCAGUAGAAACCAAACCUGAAUCUGAAAUCACGCUUGCAAAUACUGCAGAUGAGGAUACCAACAUUGUAGAAAUUGAAAGAGCAUUGGAACGUCUUGAUUUAGUUGAUAUGCUUAAUGUUGGCGCACUUGUGCCUGAGAGCACAGACCUGCAUAAUCAAUGUUCUAAACCAGAAACAAAAAGUGAAUUGAAACUCCCAAUUGAAAAUGAGAUGGAUAUUGAUCCAAGCUUAAAUUUGAAGCCUUUUAGAUGUACUGAAGACUGUAUGUAUGGAGCAAUGACGAAGGAAGCCCUAUUUAAACACCUUUGUAGGGUACAUGAUUAUAGUGAGGAAAGAAUUAAUGAAAUGAAGAAAAACCCAGACAAAUUCGCACCUUACAACUGUCAUCUAUGUUCAAAGACAUUUACCAGAACAACAGGCCUUAAAAUCCACUACAAGAAUGUCCAUCAUUUUUCAAAAGAAGAAAUCUGCCAAUUGAAAAUUGGCUGUGAUUGGAGAAAGAUCAGACAAUCAAAAAAGGAAAAGAAAAAAGAAUGCAAAGAUACGCAUGUAAGCCCCAUAACCAAAGCAGACAAUGAUUUAUCAGGGCAACAUCCAGACCAAGUUAAUCCAAAACUAACCAUGAAAUCUUUAGAUUCAACUGUAAAGACAGAGGCAGUCAGUGUAAAGACAAAAGCAGUCAAUGUAAAGACAAAAGCAGUCAGUGUAAAGACAAAAGCAGUCAACGUAAAGACAAAAGCAGUCAACGUAAAGACUAAAGCAGUCAGUGUAAAGACUAAAGCAGUCAGUGUAAAGACUAAAGCAGUCAGUGUAAAGACUAAAGCAGUCAGUGUAAAGACUAAAGCAGUCAGCGUAAAGACAAAAACAGCCAGUGUAGCCACCGAGAAAUAUAAAAGCCCUAUGCAAGACCCCCUUGCAGGUUUUAGCUCCAAAAGUGUGGAAUGGUCACAGGCUUCAAAUAUUAAAAUUCUUGAUGGGCAUUCAGCUCCAAAAAAUAUAAACAAGCUACAAGGCACCUUGCUGACUCCAGAAAGUCAUGAACCAUAUGAGCCAGGAGUUUUUGCAGAGCACAAGUUGAGUGAAGAAAGUCCCUUACCCUGUGGCACAACAAAUGCUCCAGCGAAAGGCACUGAAAGUAUAACUCCACAGUCCAAUCGUACAGUUGAGACAGAAUCAGCUGAAAUGGUGGAACUUCAAGACAAAAGUAAUAUGCCAAUGGUUAACAUUGAUUCUGCUGAUACACUUACUUUGUAUAGGCCAUACCGUUGUGUGCAUGAAGGAUGUGUGGCUGCCUUUUCAAUCCAACAAAAUCUGAUUCUUCAUUACAGGGCUAUGCAUCAGUCAGAACGUGAAGAAAAAACAGGCCCCAGUACUAAUGACACUGAUGGGUCUGUCCUAGUGCAGGAAUACAAAUGUCAAGUCAAACAAUGCUCAAAAGUAGUCACGAAAGUUACUAGUUUAUUGAAGCAUUAUCUUUUGCUUCACAAAUGCACAUUGGAAAAGACAAGUGCAUUGUUAUCUGGUGUUGAAGUAGGUACAUUUCAGUGUGACCAGUCCAAAUGUCCAGCUCACUUCACAUGUCAUUUGAAAUACAUAGAUCACAUUAAAAACGAUCACAAGGCAAUAAAAGUUUCAGCUGAGGGGGACUUUGAGAGUGUGGACCUCACAUUCAAAUGUCAAUUUCAAGGUUGUGACAGGGUUUAUACAACCAAGUCCAACCUUUUACGACAUGUUAUGAAGAAACAUCAUGCAACUUUUGAAACUAUGAAAGAGAAACUGGAUAAUGGAAAUGCAGGUGAUGUUCAAACCAAAAAAAUAAGUGGAAGUACGGAUCCUAACCACGGAAAAGAGAAUAUUGCAAAUAACACUAAGGUGAAGAAGAAAAAGAAGAAUUUAAAAAAACAAGAGGACAUUGCCCAAAAUUGGAUUACCUUUGGGAAGCCGGUUCUUAAAUCCACAGAGGAAGCAUUUGCAAUGUGCAAUAAAGGCUUUCCUGUACAGUACCCGUGUAUGCUCAAAAGUUGUGAUUCAGUGUUGAGUGCAGAACCGACUAUAUUGAAACAUUAUACUGCUCAUGGUCUUACAGAGCGGUUCAUUGAAGAUCAGAGGAGCCAGUUCAUAUUUUGCAAGAAAAGCAAAGAAAUUAAGAUGGCGGAAACAGUACCUGAAGACCAAACAGACAAUUCUAAGGGCAGUUCUCAAAUAACAGGACCAGAAGUUCAAACUUCGACAAACUCUGUUACAGUCGGUAAAAGUUGUGUCACUGCCACAGCCGGAAUCAAACGGAAAAGGGGUCGUCCACGAAAAUCUGAAUGUAAAAAGAGAAUCUGUGUUGACCGAAAGCUAAGUCUUCGUAACUGCUCUGGUGAUGGCGUUAAAUGUAUGCUGAAAGUCUCGGGGUCCAUACUGAACCCGUCAAAUCACCAAGACAACUAUGUUGGGAAUGAAGUUGCACUAAAACUGUACGGACCUUCCGAAUAUGAGACGUCCACCCUUAAGUUCAAUGAAGACUCCAGAAUACCUGCUAAACAAAAAAAAGAUUAUUGGACAUCACAGCAAACACUUAAACCAGUCACACAAGAAAGAGAUGAAGUCCAGUGUAUUGUUAAUUUUAGAAAUCCCCUAAGACUUGAAACUGUGAACAAUGUUAAAAUUGUUGUAUAUGAAAAUAUGUCCACUAGUUCUGAUCUGCUAAAACAACUUCAAGACAUGCAGCCCAUAGUCAUCCUGAACAAAUGGCUACACAGUUGAUGGUUUGGUUAGAUACUGAUGUUUGCUUUUACGAAGCCAUGCACUCAGGACCACAUACUGUAUAUCACAUGCUGCUGGCAGGUACAUCAAGUUACACUUUUCACACAUUUAUAGUAGUUUUAAUGCCUUGUUAAUAGCAAAAAAAUUGUGUUUAAAAAUCCUUUUGUACUAUACAUUUUUGAUGUAUUUAUGAUUGUGUUUGUAUUUCUAAUAUGCCUAGAUAAAAGUGAAACAUUUUUAACAUUUCCAGUUUUAUGUAGGAUAAAAAAGAUGAAUGAUAUAUCCCUGUGGGAUUUGUAUCAAUUUCUGUUGUUCUUGGAAAGUAUUUAUUUUUAACUUAACGGUUGUGUGUUAAUGUUCUUGUCUUCCAUCUAAUAUUCAAUUAAAAUAACCUGAUUGCUCAGUGUAAAAUGUAUCUGCUUCUGGUUUGGCACCGUUGCAGAAAAUGUCAUUAUAAAUCAAGUUUGUUCUUCAAAUCACAAACAUUAGUACAGCAUGCUGCUUUAGCAGUUGAAGCACUUCAUAAUAUUAAGGUCUAAUUUGUCAAACAAUGAGUUGGUAUUAGGGCUGUCAAAAAACAUGCUCAAGCAUGUUAUUAAUUAUUUCAGAUUAAUUCUUUCAAAAUAUUUAACACAGCUUCUGUUUUUGUCAUCCUUUGGUUAGCUUUACAUAAUAUGAUCACGCCCUUUUUUCAUGCAAAGGCUUUAAAACCAUUUCAGCACGGUUUAAAAAAGUUGUUUGAUGCGUCCAGGAUGGACAGUUUCUUGCACAGCUCUGUUGUAUGGAGCGCUUUCGCUGAAUCUGUCAGAAUCUCUGUUAGGCAGCGCACCAGUAUCAAGAUUUUCCCAUAAACCACAUUUAUCGAAUAUAUCUUUGUCUAGAGUUCUACGAGCUAAAUAAAGUCUUAAAUGAAUGCAUAGAGUUGUUAAAGCUCUUAAUGAGUCAGCCUUCCAAAAACCUGCUGGCCUGACUCCUGUCACUAAUUAAUAAUCAAAGAACAAAAGAAAAUAAGAAAUCAAUUUGUUUUGUAGCUUUAAUGAGAAUUCUUCUGUAUUCAAUCUAGAGUUUAGUGGUAAAGACUCUAAAGUGUUUGAGAACUUUCCAUUUCUAUAUAUUUUCGGAGGGCACAUAUAUGAUUAAAUAGAUAUGAUGGGCUUGUGAUUGUGAGUUCACUUAAAUUAAAUGUUUUCAAGCCUGAUAAAUGUAACAAUUGAUAGCUCUUAAUUAUACUUUAAUGUUGAUAAGUUAUAUUUAAUGUUAAAAUGAUAAAACUUUAAUAGAAAAAUCAGUAGUAGUAGUAGUACUUAGACCAGUGAUGCAGGUUUUUAAUUUUAAUACGAUGCCAUCAAAGAAAUAUAAAAAAUAGACAGCGUGUUGUUUUUAAAUUGAUUUGGAGAUUAAAAAAGAAAUUAUUAGAAUUUAAAAGUACAUUUUUAAACAGUAAUGUUGUCCGUGACUAAUUGUAAUAUUUUAUCAAUUGACAGCACUAGUUAGGAUAAAUGGCAACAAUAUGAUUCUGCAUUUAAUUUUACUAGUUAUUUUAUGAAAUAAAAUGACAUGGUUCAAUAGAUCUCUAAACUGCGGUAGACUUUUCCAUGUUAACAGUCAAAGUUGUCUGAAACUUAAAACAUUAAAGUUGGAUGGAAUGUAAACUGA